UCACUCACAGGCUGAAAAAAAGGAAUUAAUAAACAUCCUUGAGCAAUCAGAAUUUAAAUGACUGUCCGCGAUUUUAACUGAUAUACAGUCUCGGAGUUGGAUCAGGGAGUUUUCUGUCAUGCACUUCUUGCCGUGGCUUUUAAUCCCCUGUUCGGUGCUUUGCCCCCUCUGUUAGGGUGGUCCCGAUGGUCAGUGUUCCACGGGUCUUGUUUGUUCAGGGCUGUUAUCAGCCGCUUACGAGCGACAGAAGUGGAUAUAAUUUGUACCGAAUGAUAUACGUUUUCUGAUUUUGGAGUAUGGGAUAUCUUGGUGGCAAAGAGCCCCUGUUGUUUCUGUGGUAGAUUGUUGUUUUUUUUGGACUGGAGGAAUGUGUGCCCCUUCUCUCUCCCGUGUUCUUCAGUUUCUCUGUUCUUCGGAUAACAGAAAUACUCCUAUUCCUCUGUAUCAGGACCGGAAGCGAUGGGAUUCGGAAGACACUCUUUACCUAUUACACACGUCCCUGUCCAGUCGGAGCUCCUUGGCAGAUACCAGCAGUAUGGACACGAUGUUUGCUCCAUCUCUGAAUGAGCUUACCCUGAAUCAGUACUACACGCCCGAGGAUAAUCCGGAGGCCAUGUUUGACAUGUUGACGAUCCAGACCAUCAGAGACCGUUACCAAGACGACGAGGAAGAUGAAACGUCAGACAUUACUACGAUGACAGAACAAGACUUCGAAAACUUCGUCCGGGAAUUCCCCAUUGAUGACAGCAUUUCGGAGUGCUUUGCUUCUGCGGAUCUACCCGAGGAUGUGCCAAACGAAGUCACAGAAUCCGUAGUAGAUUUGUCUGAAACUAAUUCUCAGGGUCGUCAAAGUAAACUCAAGAAAAAGCACAGAACAAACCACGAAGAAACUAUACUCAGUGAUGAAGACUCAAAGUCAAGUGACUCCAAGCGGUCAAAACUUAUUUCCAAUUUAUUUGGAAAGAAAAAUAAAAACAAAGAAGGAUAUAAGGCGCUUAAGCAGAGCGAUACACACGAGCAAAGAAAAGAUAUCACUGACUCCAUCAUUAAUGCUUGUGAAAACAUAACAAAAUCCUAUGAAAACAACAAUUCUCAAAAUUCUGGUGCAUCCACAAUGAAAGCAAGUAAACAUAAAGCAAAGAAAUCGCGGGAAAGUGAUGACAAUGGUGUUAAAAAACAAACUACUGAUGAGUUGCAAAGCAAUCUUAACUCACGGAAACUCCCCCCUGUUCCAAAAGUUGACAUCGAUUACCUUUCCGAUGAUUUGAGAAAAGGGAAACAAAAAGCACACGAAAAACCGGAAAUGACGACGACCGGCAGUUUACUCCGCUGCGUUGAUGUGAAGGAAAUGUUAUGCUUGAAUGACCAGCAACUGAUCGAAAAAAUGAAAGCUCUCUCUAUUGAGGGGCCACAAACUUCUCUAAGAAAGACAGUUUCUGCUCGUGAUGCGACGGGAAUGACCCUUUUGCAACGCUGUGUUCUUUCUGACCGAACCAACGUUGUAGAUUUCAUCCUCGAAACGGACCCCACUCUCUUAGACGCCAAAAUAAUGGUGUUCGCAGUGCAGCAUGGCAAGACUGAUUGUGUUCGAGAUCUGCUGGAAAGACGAAGUAUGGAUGGGACUCUGAACCCGGAAUUGAUUGGAGAACUUCUUGCUCUUUGUUCUAAGAAUGGACAGCCUGACGUUCUGGAGACUAUUAUACCCUACCUCGAGACCGACCCGCCAUCUUGUCUGCCAUAUGACGAGUCGGGCAACACGGCAGCACAUCUUGCAGCGCAGGAAGGACAUCUUCAUUGUUUGCAGAUUCUUCUAGACAACGGAUUUGAUGUCUGGACAGCAAACAAACAGAACAAGAGCGCGCUUAGUUUAGCUCUGGAAAACGGGCACAUGUCGGUAUACAAACAACUCCUGCUGUAUCAGACAUGUCAGUGUCUUCUGACAGAGGCAACGAGACACAAAAUGGCAAAUCUAAGAUAUACGUCCGAAAGAACAACUAAUCACAUAACAUUAGAACAGCUGGAACAGCAGUUGGCAAAAUAUCAAUUCCAGUUUAAUGACGUCAUGCGUAAUAUGAUUGAUGCACAAGAGACCAUUUUACAGACAGUCGAUAAUCUUUACAAAGACACAAAACGGUUAAUUCAAAAAGUUGAAGACCCAAAUAGCACGGAUAAACUAAAAUUGAAAUUGGAAAAAUUGAAAGCAGAAGCUGAUCAGCUACAAGAUCUGUUUGACUUUUCACCGCUGGCAAAUACUAACGAUCUGUUGACUAGGGUUUUAUUGGAGUUUAGGAAAGUUGUUUUAUCAUCAGAGGAGGAUGAACAAGUCAGGGAGGCUGCCAUUAAUAUGCCUCCCGACACAAAGGAACUACUCAGUUCGAUGUUACGGAAUUCUGCAAUGGUCUGCGGUCAAAACAGUGAAGUGAACAUUGAGCAAAUUCUAACUUGUCAAGUGCAGAACUUAUUACAAAUGUUGUCAGACUGUAAGCGCCCAGUAUCAAAGAGCACCAGCACUGUGUCGUCACGAUCUGGAAACAACAGAUACCAGUUCACACAACCCGUCUACCACAACCCAAAACUAGAACAGCUUCUGAUGGGAAGUUCCGAAAACGGUGACAAUAUGGAGAAAACAAACGAAACCUCUUUACAAUUCAUGGAUUCAAGUUCUAACAUAAUUUUUGCGCAAGAUUCUUCGUUGCUACACGGUCCUCAUUUUUCAGGAGCAAGUGUUAAUGAAGAGUCUGACUUGCCGAUCCUUGAAAGUCCCAGUGUGACGGAUUCUGUGUGUUCGACUGUAGUGACGUCAGGCAUUAUUGGAACGGAUAAAACUGAUUGGACGUCACGACUUGGUACGAUAACAUGUGACACAAGUGAUACGGAAUCUGAUUGGUGGAAUGCAUCACAUGACAAGUCAAGGAGUGGAUACACCGAGUCGCACGAGGAAGAGGAAGAGGACGACGAAGAUGAUGACGUGGGUUUUGUGACUAGCAUUCGUUUAAAUUUAGAAAACGAAGAUUUACCAGACGAUUUACUGCGUGAACACAGACUUGCAAAACAUCUGCAGUCAAUCGAAAAAUUAAAACACAAUAAAGGAGAAUUCGUUGAGAGAGUGAUAUCCGCCAGCGGGCGUAGGGUCGGUAGAUGGUUGGAUUCUUCAUGUAUGAACGAAGUAAAGGCAUCUAAUGUGGAUAAAGGACAACAUUCAGGGAAAAAUAAAAGACACGGUAUUCAACUGUUUAGCCCUGAUCCACAGAAGGAUAUGGUUUCUAGUCAGUCCAAUCUGGACAACAGGAGGCGGAGAUGGGAUGAAAUGUCAGUCACGGAUGAUGAAGGAAACAAAGGAAAUUCACGACCUUGGUAUGAAAUGUCUGAUGAUGAGGAGAGUGUAGUUCAUGCAUGGAAGUCAGAUGACGAGGAUAACCAAUCACAGGUGUACAGAAUCUAAUCGCGUGUAUUUCAAGGAGUCGACCAGAGCCAUUUAUAUUGACAACAAUUUGAAUUUGAAAGAAAAUUACACAGACGAGAUAAUCCAUUCAGAGAUUCAAAGCAAUUGGCAAUUCAGGGAAAAAGGCAUUUGUAUACUCUCUUCGUGUUGAUUUUGUAAUCAUCAACUGCAUAAUGUGCCAUGUCAUUAACAUUUUUAAAUUGUUAGGUAGAAACUUAUUUCAAUAAAUAUUUUGUAUAAUUA